AUGUCACAUCAACUAGGACGAGUCGUCUCACAAAUACUUCAAAGAUAUUAUGGAGACAUAGUGCAGCAAGUUGGCAAUGAUUUAUUUACGUAUGGGAGCAAGCAGUUAACUAUGAUAAUUAAGACUACAGGUCUUACGCGUACACAGGUUGUGGAAAGUUUGAGAACUCUUUUAAAGUUCGACUUGGCAAGUUUUGAAGCUAACGAUGUUAUUGUUAACUAUAAGCUGAAUCCUGAUAAUAUAUUGUUACUUAUAAGAUAUCCUAGGUAUCUGUUACAAAUGAAAAGUAAAUAUGGAAGUGAAGCGGAAAUGAUAGUCGAGGAACUAUUGCAGCAGGCGUCAUGUACUGCUACUGUUUUGUUAGUUACUGUUAUGAACAAAUAUAAGGAUGACAAGGAAAAGAACCUAAAUAUGGUAAAACUAAAAGAUACAUUCAUAAGUUUAGCUACAGCGGGCUAUAUCCAGCAAGCACCAGUAGCUGAACUGAAAGACAGUGAAAUUCCUACUUUAGUUCCAGUUGCCACUAUAGUACCAGACUUAGAUAUGAGGGAUCUCAUGCAAGCUAUGAGUAAUAAUUUGAGUGAUUGUAAAGAUAAUACAUAUUGGAAGGUGAAUUUCGACAGAUUUCAUUUAGACUUUCGAGAUGAUAUUAUGAUUAAAGCUAUAACACGGAGAAUUGAUGAAAAUGCGGGUGAGUUAAUGCGAGUGCUGUUAGAACAGAUGUACCUCACAUCAUCUGCGUGGGCUCCAGAGUCUUCUCCUGUCUCUGCGGUAGACUUAAGAGAGAACGCUCGACGAGUCCCGGACAAGCCUCUGUUACAUAUGCACGUGGACCAGUAUUUAAAGGUGCUAGAGGAGAACGGGUGCGGGUUCGUGCGGCGCGCGGGCGAGGCGGGCGGCGGGCAGUACGCGGUGUGCGCGCGCCGCGCCGCCGCCGCGCUGCUGGCGGCCGCGCUCGAGCGCGCCGUCACCGAGCGCCUCGGCGGGAACGCGGCCAGGAUAUUCAGGUUAAUUCGUGCUAAAAAGUACAUAGAAGAGGAGGACAUACAGAAAAAUGCAAUGCUACCGAACAAGGAGUGCAAGGAGCUGACGUACAAACUGCUGGAGGAACACUUUAUUAGUGUACAGCCAAUGAGAAAAGCUGCUUCAGCCGGUGGUUCGGCAAAGGCGAUUUAUCUCUACCAUGUGAAGUUGUUUGAGGCGGCGCACACCGCGCAGCAGAUGUGCUACCGCGCGCUGCACAACGCGUGCCGCGCCGGCGCCGCGCUGCGCGCCGCGCACGCGCGCCUGCUGGACAAGCGGCGCCGCGUGCGCUCCAUCGUGCACGGCAUGCGCGUGCGCGGCGAGCCGCAGCGGCACAUCGACGACGUACUAGAGACCCUCACCCCGCCGGAGCUGGCGGCGGUGGCGAGCGCGGAGCGGCGCCUGCACACGCUCGCCGCGGCCGAGUUAGAGUUAGACAGAGAUCUCUUCUUGAUCUCUUGCUAUUUCGCUUAUGAGAAA